AUGCUAUUAUAUUCUAGAUGCACCUUAAGCUUAUAGAGAUAUCUCUGUUUUCUUCUUUUUUCUGUAGGAAAAGGGUAAGCUGGUCUGUGCGUAGGUCUGUGCAGGAUUAAGCGAGAGACUUCAAGAGGCAUCCGGCUCUGUUUAACACCAAAACGGCUAAGGUCAUCGCCAAUGGCUCCCCAAAAUUGCCAGGAACCGGUGCGGCUGAAGGUCGCCAUCCAGGGGUGCUGAGUUCCCAUGGCUGACGCAACUUUUCAUGCUUUUCUUCGACCCAACUCUCAACCAUUGACCUUGCUCAGGAACUCCCUUUGGCCUCCAAGACACUCGUUAUCCCUGGGCCAAUCCGAGACCCGCGGUUUCCACCCUCAAUGGCCGACUCCGGCACCGGCUCCGGCACCUCCGCAUCCGCCUCGGACAUCAUCACUUACAUCGGCGUUCCUCUCGCCGUCCUCGGCGUCCUCCCCAUCCUCUACAACACCGUCGUCACCCUCGCCGCCCGCUCCCGCAUCCGCCGCAUGCUCCGCCAUGCCCGCCUGACCGCCCUGACCCGCUCCGACAUUGUCAACCGCGUCAUCGAGGUCGACCUGCCGCGCUACGCCAUCAUCCCCUGGGACCGCUUCGACCACCGCGAACAGUACUGGUCCCUCUCCCGCCACCCCUCCUCCAUCCCUGGCGGGUCGUGGACCAUCUUCAACUGGCGGACCAACACCAUCGGCCUCAAGACCCAGAGGGUUGAGUAUGCCGACCAGCUAUGCCUGCCCCAGGCCGACAUCAACUUCGAGGACCUGGUCUCGUACCUUCUGGACCUUGGUGCCGUCCCCGAUGCUCACGGAUGGAGAUUGCUCAGAACUACGGGGUUAUGGACCCCCGUCGGCUGCACUCUGAUGCACAGCCCGGAUGGUCAGCACAAGGCCCUUGCCAUUGCGCCUCUGAACGACUCAGACGGCCAUCUCUCGUUAUCUGUAACCUGGUCCUCCCACUGGACCACAAGAAGCCAUCAGUCUCUACCGCCUUAUUGGCUCCGUCUUCCUCCGCCUCCCGAGGUCUCUCCAACCGACCCCGAACCCGAACCGGCUGAGGGUGCCAAAGAGCCACACUCCCCGGCAUCCUCUCUCUCCAGCAUAUCCCGCGCCGUCAACGCCGCCGCUAAAUCCCCAAUCGCCUGCAAGCUCUCCUCCCACGGCCUCAUCGCCGCCCACUCCGAGGUCGAGGGCCGCCCCGCCACGCCCCUGCACAUUGACCACGUCCGCGUCCGGCCGGGCCUGUCCGCCGGCGUGUGGUUCGCGAGCGCCGCCACAGCCUACGGCACUUCGAGUACCACCGUCCUCUGGAGCUACACCAUCCCAGACGACGUCCUGCGCUUCGCCCGCGCUUCCUCCGUGCCCUGCGGCGUGCUCGAGCUCCUGGGCCUCGUCGACGCGUCCCAGACCCCCGAGUGGGCGAGCUCGCACGAUGACAUGCGGGACAACCUCGACCUCGUGAGCCGGCGGAUGCGCGAGCAGCGCAACGCCAUGGCCGCCGAGUCGAGGAUGAGCCCCAAGGACAAGGAGCAGGCCGUCCGCGACCGCCUGCGGAAGGAGGCAGAGCAACGUCUAGAUGACCUCAAAGACAAGAUGCGCCUCGAUGUCCAGCGCCGCGACCUCCGUACCCACGAGGCCAUCCAGUCCCCUAAAUGGGACGCCGCCCUCGUGGCCUCCCACGCCCUCCCCUGGCUCCGGCAGCACGGCCACCUCGCCCCCGAGACCGCCGCCGACCCCCGCGCCGCCGCCGCCUCCCUGCUGCACCGCAUGCUCCGCGACGGCGCCUUCGCCGCCCAGACGGCUGCCGUGCUCGACGCCUGGAAGGCCUGGACCGACAACGGCGGGAUGCGCAAGGCCGACCUCGAGGCGCUGCGCGAGGCGCCCGCGCCCUUUGCGCUCGCGAGCCUGCUCGUCGCCGUCAUUCAGGGCGCGGGCACCGCGGCCGAGGGCGGGCCGAGCGUGGAUCUGCAGGAGUGCCUGGGCAUGUGGCGACAGGUGAGGUUAGGUUAGCAGUGGGUGUGGUUUGUUGUGUGUUAGUCCGUGAUACCCGUUGGUUUUGCUUAAUGAUGUACGGUAUGGAAUGCUCAGUACCUUUUACGCUGUAUGGAUACGGAGGCGUCACAACGGUCA